AUGUGGUUUAGCAGCUUCUUUGGGGGCGGUGUCUCUCACCGCGCUCUUUGCUGCGGUGCUGCUGCUUGCUGGGUGCAUGCAGCAGCAGCAGCAGCAGCAGCAAGAGAGCCGCUGCUGCCCCCCACAUCAUUCAGCAGCACACUGCAGCAGCGGCUGUAUAGAAAAUCUUUCGCAAUUAAGCGACGUGCUGCUGCAGCACUGUUUCUUUAUUUGCUGCUGCCUUUCUUCGCUCCUGAACCCCCCAAACUCUCACACGACCAAACUACCCAGCAGCAGCAGCAGCAGCAGCAGCAGCAGCAGGGGCAGCAGCAGCAGCAGCAGCAGCAUCAGGCUGCGGGGUUGGCUUUAGGGCCUGACGGCGGCUGUAGUGAUAUCUCCGGGUGUACAGACAGCUGGUGCUGCAGCGAGCAGCAAAUUGCCCCCACAAAGGAAUGGCUGCCGCUGCAUCUGCAGCAGCAGCAGCAGCAGCAGCAGCAGCAGUAUGAGGACUCUGGGCAUCUGCUGCUGCAGCAGCCCCGCAGCAUCAACCGCACACGCAGACUGAAGCAAAUAACAGCCGCUCCAGAGGCAGAGGGAUGUGGUUUGCAAGUGCUGCAGAGCAGCAGCAACAGCAGCAGCAACAGCAGCAGCAGCAGCAUGAACGACAACAGCAGCAGCAGCUGCAACAGUAGGAACAGCAGCAACAGCAGCAACGACACGAAGAGCCGCACCAACGGGCGUUACAGGCGGACGAAACACAGCCGGAGCAACAGCAACAGCAGCAGCAGCAGCAGCAGCAGCAGCAGCAGCAGCAGCUUCAUGCAUCGCUUCUGGUUGUUUAUGCAGCGAGUGCGGGGUUUAGUAUUAGGUUUGUUUGUGCUGGUGUUUCUGUUUGACUGGCUGGGGGUCAUUUUGUUUGCGGGGACUGUCGGACACGAUCAAUUUAGCAGCUUUGAAAGAGGAUGCGUCUCUUUGCUUCUCGUCGUCACAACUGUUCGCCUGCCCCAGCAACAGCAGCAGCAGCAGCAAGUGCAGCAGCAAGUGCAGCAGCAAGUGCAGCAGGUAUUUGUGUUUGUGUUCAGGCAGCAAGAGCAAAAGGAUAAAGCGGAGUUGAGCGCGAUUCGUAUUGGGUAUCUGCUGAAUGCAUUUGGUUGCUUGCAAGAAGCAGCAGGAGGGCGUUUGCUGCUGCAGCAGCCGCAUGCAUUUGUGCUGUUUUAUGAAGCGUGUGGGGUCCUUCCGUCUGUCUCCUUUAAGCCUCUGACAGAAGAAGAGAUGCAUCUAUUCGUUCAGCAGCAGCAGCAGCAGCAGCAACAGCAACAGCAGCAGCAACUGCUGCUGCAGCAGCAAGUCGCAGCCUUCGCUCCUGAACGAAGGUGUCUCGGUACUGCUGCACUCGUCAGCCCCACAGCAGCAGAAGAUAUUGAGUGGAUCCCAGCCUGGGGAUCGGGAUCGGGAUCGGGAUCGGGAUCGGGAUCGGUUUUGAGUCGUUUCCGGGAGUGGGGUGGGGAGUGUGAGAGCAGCAACGAGGCUUCGCGUUUGCUGCUGCAGGGCGCUGCACCCCUCACCUCAUCUGCUGCUGCUGCUGCUGCUGCAGCAGCAGCAGCAGCAGAAGAAGAAGAAGAAUUCUUAGAAACCGUCUCCUUGCUGCAGGCUUGGGGGAUUUCAAGGAGACAGCAGCAAGCUGCUGCUGCUGCACGCUCGCGCAUGCAGAUUAAAACAGAAGCUAUUCAGGUGCUGCAGUGUCUUGGCCUUGCUGCUGCUGCUGCUGCUGCUGAACAAGAAGAAGAGCAAGCAGCAGCAGCAGCAACAACGGGAGCAGCAGGAGGCCGAGCAGAAGCCCUAGAAGCAGAAACAGGAGAAGCAGCAGCAGCGACAGCUGCAACAGCAGCAGCAGCAGCAGCAGCAGCAGGGAAACAAGAGAUCUCCGCUGCAGCAUUCGCGAGGCUUCCGGCUAUUCUUGCUGCCCGUGGUGAGGGUCAAAGAACAGCUUAG